AUGUGCCUGACUCUGCGCAUCCAGGUCAUCCAGGAUACGUAUCUGGCCUCAGGAAAUUCAGUCAGAACGCUUGCCUUCCACUAUCGUAUGGGGGAGAGCACAGUGGCUAAAGCCAUCAAGGACACAUGUGCUGCAAUUAACAGGUAUCUGGCCUCAGGAAAUUCAGUCAGAACGCUUGCCUUCCACUAUCGUAUGGGGGAGAGCACAGUGGCUAAAGCCAUCAAGGACACAUUAUUAUUGGCUGUGGUCGAUGCUGAAUAUCGCUUCUGUCUAGUCCAUAUUGGAGAGUAUGGACGGUCAAGUGAUGGGGGUGUCUUUGCUGGCUCAGCCAUAAGGCAGGCAUUGGAUGCAAAAAAGCUGGAGGUGCCAGAUGAUCAGCAGCUACCAGGAGCAGAGCACCUGGGGAACAUGCCAUUCACCAUUGUUGGGGAUGCAGCAUUCCCAUUAAAAACUUAUCUGAUGCGGCCUUACCCUGGUCUAGACAUAUCCACACAACAACGCAUCGUCAACUACAGAUUGUCUCGAGUGCGCAAUGUGGUGGAAAAUGCCUUUGGCAUUUUGUCAUCUCACUGGAGGAUCCUAAUGAAAAGCAAGCCCACCCUUCGUUUUGAGGCUGGAGAGCUGGUGCUGAGGGCGUCUAAGCAGGCAGCCACUGUGGAGAAAGUCCACCUUUCACAAGUGGCUGAAGGGGUGCCCUUUGUACCAAAGGACCCUGAGGCUGUGCUGGAGGAGGCCAAGGUCAGGGUAGUCCAAGGUGGAGGGUGUCCCUUUGAUGACCUGCUGCUGGCAAGUCAAAGUGCCAUCCAGUUUGGUCACGGGAGCGCGAGGCUGGCAGAUUGGACUCUCGGCAACAGCGCCACAAUGCUAUAUCACAAACUAUGUGAACAGCAUAGUGAGGACUGGAUGGAGAGGACCCUGCAGUACCUGUCUGCGUGUGAACGGUUUCAGGGCACCACCACACGGCCCAUCACACCUCCACCUCCGAUGCCACCUGUACCAACUGCCCAGUGGCUCCUCUCUGUCCACGCAGAGGAUGUCCGGUCCCGGUAUAGUGAGCUUAAAGCCAGGGUCACCUCUGUCUUUGGGUCCAUCCUGAAAAUGGACUCCACAAAGCAGGUGGCCAAAAAACUGGCGGGAGCUGCAGCUGGGACCGCAACCUGGGUCACCAAUGUGGGCAAUGAGCACGGACAGGUCCUCAUGUCUGUGCUCACCUCACAUGAAGGUCAGGGACUGCUGCCCAUGACCACGGGCCUGGUGAGGAGGUACGAGGCGGCUGGAGUCGCUUCCCCCACGCUCCUGUAUGUGGACAGAGACUGCUGCUCUUCUGUGGGAACAUCUAGAGCAGCUGCCAUGUUCAGCGGCUGGAGUGAUCUGGUGGUUCGUCUCGAUGUGUGGCACUUCAUGCGGCACUUCGCUGCCGGUCUGCACACUGACAGCCACCCGCUCUAUGGUCUGUUCAUGGCAAAGCUCUCUGCCUGCAUUUUCGUCUGGGACGAGGGAGAUGUGGCCCUGCUGAGGGAAGCGAAAAGGAGGGAGCUGGAGCAACAGCAGGGCAUCAAAGGCCUCACUGAAGAGCAGCUGACCGGCAGGCUCACCUCCAGACAGCUGGCGCAGCACUGUCGCCGCUGCACACGUGGCGUGGAGGAGACAGAGCAGCUGAUCAGACAGAUGCUGGAGGCCUUCAAGGACGCCAGGGAAACCAUGGGCAUCCCCUUGAUGGACCAGGAGAGGAUGGACGUCAUCUGGGACACUCAAAGGCGUCAUCUUCCCUGCAUCCAGGACCCUCCUGGAGUGCAGCUGUACACCCAGACAGGAAGUGUUACAAAGGGAGGGCUAACACUUCCUGUGUACCGCUGCGCUCGGGGGUCCACUUCCCUGGAGUCCUUCCAUAACCACCUCAACCGCUUCAUACCCGGAACGAGCGCUAACCUGGAAAAUUUCCAGGCUUACCUGCUUGAGGGUUUGGAGCGGUGGAACGAGGACCGCGCUGCUGCUGCCGUCACACACAAUGCUCCCUUGUCGCUGCGCUGCUACAGUGGCUCACUCCAGCACAGCCUAAAUGAGCUCAGCCAGCGUCUUCUUGGCUGUAGUCUUGUGCAAGACUACUCCAAGCCAGGACAGUACACAGGCGGGCUCAUCGGGGUGGAGUACCUGUGCUCGCAGCAGUCCUGGGAGUUCAGGGAGAACUUUGGGCGGGACCCAGAUGUCCCAGACGGAAUCCCAGCGGACUUGGGCGAUAUAGAAGAUGAGGGAUUUGGGGAUGAGGCAGAGGAGCAAGACCACACCAUCUCCCCUCUUUCUUUAGUCUCAACCAAGGAAGCUAUAUGCUUGUCUCGGGAUUCACCGUCACCCUCUCAGUCCUCCCAGGACUUGCCACCUGAGCCCCAGGAAGAUGUGUGCAGAGGACCAGAUGGGACGCCAGGUUUUGACAGAGUGGUGGACUUGGCCAGAUACCUUGUCACGCUGAGGGAAAAGCCUUGUGUCUCGGACAGGGAAGCCGCUGACAUUGUUCGGCUGUGGGACAGACUGCCGGACAGUGACAGACAGGGUGUUUCCUAUCCGCCGAGACACAAGGAGAGACUUUUGCAAGGCAGGUUCAAGGCCACCCACUCCAAAACCUCCACCUGCCAUGGAAAAGAGAGCCUGAAGCGGUGUGUGCUGGGGCAGGGCUCGGGUCCUGCGCAGUGGCCGAAUAUUAGUAGAAUUGUAGAGGCAGUAUGUCUGGAGCUCUGCUCCAUUCAUCCAGCGGGGAAGGUGAAGUGGGGCGUUUCAAUGAACCGCUGGGCUGCCAUUCUACAUGACUACCAGGCCAUGCGGAGACUGGUGGGGAACUGCCCAGCACUGAGGGGACGGACAAGAAUUCAGCUGUUUGAGGUCAAUCAGCGGACGCUUUCUGUCUGGAAGAAGCUGGAGGCAGAUGUGCUGGCUCUGAGUGUGCCCUUACCUCAGAUCAGCAUGGUGUCUCACACCCAGCUUCCUGCAGCCAGGUCAGGCCACGCGACGUGGGCAGCGACCUCCUCCCCCUGCAUCAGCAACACCCGCUCUCUCUGCUCCACUGGCAGCAUCCCUCUCUGCUCCACUGGCAGCAUCCCUCUCUGCUCCAUGGCCAGCGUCUCUCUCUGCUCCACCGGCUGCUGCCCUCUCUGCUCCAGCAGCAGGAACAUCAAUGAGCAGAACAACUCUGUGGAGGAAGAGGAAGGCUGCAGAGUGUUUAGCUCAAGAGCAAGGGCUGCCCCGUCCCCAGCAACCUGCGCGAAAAGAUUACACGUGCACUCGAUGUGGGCAGCCCAGAAAAAAAGAAUUUGGGCACACCAGGGUGGGCAGCUUCUACUUCUGUGCCACAGCAGAGGGAAAGACACUAGAAGAGUGGCUGCAUGA